ACUUCCUUUAGUAUAAUGUUUUUAUUCAUUCUUUUUUCAUUUCUGCAGUUGACUGUGAUUAUCAAACCCUUCCGGGACGGCGAGUGCGCACAGAGGAAACUGUACCAGGCCACCGCUGGAAAUCUACCCACAACUUUUGACGACGGGACAAUCACGAGCGGUCGCGAGAAAGGCGUCGUCAUCAUCGAAGUCAUCCCCGAUGAGCACAUCGAGAUUCACAUUCGGUACAUCGCGACGUUGAUUGUCAUCCGCCAAGUCGGCCGAUAUAUCACUUUUGCCAUUCGAAUGCCUGAGGAACUGAUCCAAUCCCAAGGCGCAGAAGACAUGCAGCUCUGCGUCCGGGGUUGUCCGGUCUCAGAACAGAUCGACUAUGCCACGUUCUUGAGCCAAACUACGCGUGCAGAUCGCAACUACAAAGAGCUCCGGACAGAAGCCAUUGCCAAAUGCAAAGAAGCUAAAAUCUACGACGAAUAUUUAGACUCGUGCGUCUUCGAUCUCCUCACAACGGGCGACGCGAACUUUACACAAGCCGCGAAGAGCGCCCUCACCGACGUAAAUCGUCUUCAUCCAAAUGCUUCCUUUCUUUUCAAAAACAGGACUAGUGUGUUUGAAAAUGCAUCCUUCCCAGGAUACAGGGACAUUGAUGGUGGAGCGCCACCAAGAACUUAUUUAUUUCGUCACCUACAGUUCAACCUAGCAAUGGUACUUCUCUCAAUACUCAUCAGUAGUUAUAUGUCUUCAUGGUGUCAUAUUCAACGGUGACACACCCAAUCCCAUCCCAGUUUUGUAAGCCCCUCCCCAAAAUCCCAUAUUAUUUUGUAUAUUAUUUUGUAAAAAAUAUAUUAUAUUAACUUGUAUUGAAAUCUAUUAUAUAAUUCAAAUCAUCCUGAGCAAAUGCUGUACAUACAAUUUAUUAGAGAUAUUUGGAAUACUCGUCAUCAGUUAAAAAUUUAUGGAGGUAAAUGGAAUGUUCCAAAUUUUAAAACACUACUCUCUAUGUAAAAGAGCUUAUUCUGUCCCACAUCACACUCCUUGAGAAGUCUCUUUGGAGAGAACUAAAUAUCUUUAUACAGUAUAUAAUAGCUCUUUCUGACAUGAGCUGUAUUUGCUGAGAAUUCUUCACUCCAAAAGAGGUAAAAUUCAUUCUCAAAAGAUGCAAAUCUCACUCCAAAAGGAUCGAAGUUGUCUCUGAGAGGAGUGUGAUUAGGUACCAGACAAGCUCUUUUACAUUUAGAGUAAGAAGGUUGAUAUUCUUGAAUAUACCAAAAUUUGAAAGAAAAAUUUAAAAGAAAUAUUUCUCUUGUGGAGGAAAAUGACGGACAGCAGUUAUGAAUUGCUCAGGGUAUAUUUGCUGACAUGGCUUUGCUAAAAAUGGAAUUAAAUAUGUGACAAAGUUAAAACUUUA